CGUGAUGACGUCAGCACGCGGAACUCCAGUCGGCGUGAACACCUGGUGACGCCUGUCAGGUAACUGCUUCCUCCACCGGGUCGAACGGCUGAGCGACAGAAAACGCCCUUAAGAACGCGAGGUCACGGCUCGUUUCGGCUGCGUUGACCAGGGAAACAGCCACUACGGCCAAAGAUGACGCAUAAUAACUGUAGCUACAGUUAUUCAAUGUAAACAAAAUGUCCGGUCUAAGUGGUCCAGGUCCCGAGUCUGAAGAUGUGGCGCUUUCACCUGCUGGUUUAACAGCAGAGCCCCAAACGGGAGCAAGAGAAAUGCUGCUGGAGAACAACAGUGAUGAGGAAACAAACAGGAUUACAGAUGAUGAAGAGGAGGAAGAUGAUGAUGAGGAGGAGGAGGUAAAUGAUCAGGAUGAGGAAGAGGAGGAGGAGGAGGAGAUGUGCAAGUCUGCUCAUCUGGAGCCGAGUACCUUACCCUGGAGCGGAGACAAGAAGCUUCACACAGACAACUGGGCGGAGGGCGCCUCGGAGCCUGACGAGAGUGAUGCUGGGCUCAGUGGAGAAGGCCAGGACCUGUCCGUGGAGCAGAGCAGAGCCCGGUGGAGGGAGAGCAUGCCCGAGGGCGAGCGCUGGCGGGACGAGGAGGUCGAGGAGCAGCGCGACCGCAAAUGGGACGACUCGGCGGCAGACGAGCGAGACGCGAAUUGGAUGUCGGAGAAGGGGACUCUGGGCUUUACGCCACAGGUCACAAUCGUGCAUCCCUGCAGCAAAGAGCCUCCUGAGGAGAGUCGGCGCUUCGCGGAGAAGGACGAGAUGAGGGCGCAGCAGACGGAGCCUGACUCUGCCGCGCACUUUUAUCCAGAUUGGGCAGAGCAGGACCAGAAAUACUAUUGCGAGGACCUGUGCGGUGAGAAGCUGAGGGCGUCCGUGGCGCUGGCGGCGGCGGCGGUGCUCUUCCCCCUGCUGGUGUGGGGGGGCUACGCCCUCCUCCCCUUCGACUCGCCGCAGCUGGACGGCCCGGCCCUCCGGCUGGUCUACACGCUCCGCUGCGCCUUCUUCGCCACCAUCCCCAUCAUGCUCGGCGUGCUGGUGCAGGGCGCCGCCCGGCUGCGCUACAGCGCCCUCACUCCUCUCUACCAGAAUGAGGUGGUGAACCGGGACGUGGCCGUGCACCGCCACUACGUCAACGACUCGCUGGGCCUCUUCCUCUUCUACUUCCUGCAGCUGGCCGUCAUGGCGACCUACGUCAGCCAGGACCUGGUCAAGCUGGUGCCGCUGCUCACCAUCGUAUUCGUUUUCGGCAGGCUGAUCUACUGGCUGUGCCUCGCUCUGAACAGCAGCUUCAGGGGCCUCGGCUUUGGCUUCUCCUUCUUCCCCAUCCUGGCCAUGCUGGGCCUCAACCUCUACUUCGUGUGCUCGUCGAUCGGAGAGGGGUCCGUCUUCCACGUGGCGCCGCCCACGACGCCGCCGCCUCCGCAGCGGAGCUGGUGGGGUUGAGGUGAGGCAUCCACAAAGCAGUGAGGAGAUGAGAGACCAACAACUGGACGCACAUUUAAAAUUAAAUGUGUCCAGUUCAAUGUUAUAGUUAAGAGUUGAGGUCUGGUUUAAGGCUACAACACACACUUCCUGAUAGAGAGCAGCCGAACAAAGUUUGUUUUCUUUAAAUAGUGAAUCAGUCUAAACAGCUUGGAUCUAAUCAAGCUGAUUUAACCAAUGACAUAAAAACCUCUGCGUGAAGUGAUUCUGAUAAAUGACUGUACACCAGUGAACUAUGCCACUACCAGUGAAAUCACUACAGAAGCUGGUGAUUACUCAAUGUAAAUAUGAUAAAAGGAAAGGGAAAAUAUUGCUGAGUCUUCAUGUUGAUCUUGUGUUUAUAACCUUUAGUACUGGAUCAUUAAUUUGUGCUUCGUUUACAACGAACUAAAUGAUGUGUGAACCAGGCUGAGUGAGUUUAAAGUAACAAAGACCUUCUCAUUCGUUUAAAAAGUGUGUUUUUCCAGAAACGUUCUUGUUUGACCUACAGAUCUGUUUACUUUAAACUAUAAAUCAUUAUUACCCUCUAUUUCAUUUUAGGACAGUAAAAUUCUGUUCAUCAAAUCCACAGUAAAUCAGAACUAUUUAGGUUAAGUUCUAAUAUUUUCCCUAUAUUGUUUUACUGACCAACUCAUCAUCUUAGCUUGUAGCACACAUAUUCUUUUGCCUUUUUCUUGUUUUGAACAUUGUAUGACUCGAUUUGCAUUUAAAUUUACUGCCAUCUACAUUUGAGAUGUUGAAUGACUACAAUAAAGCUUAUGUAUUAAACAAUG